CGAAGAGAUACAUAUCUUAAGUGCGUUGGAAUGAUUGUCAUAGGCUGCAUUCCUACUCACUCAUGAGACUUUUUCAAUGGAAGUGUAAAGUCUGAACAGAUAAGGGACAGAGACACGGACAGGCUGCAGAUCUGCGGAGUGUCUACCAUGGUUCCCACGGCAGCGACAGAUUACAGCUACUUUCGGAGAAGUGAAUUUUCGGAAGUGCAGAUCGGCAAGGGCAUCAGAAUUUAGUUCGUCUCCGGAGCCAACAGUAGCUUAUCGGUGCAACGCAUCUGAAAUCUAAAACUAAUUCGAGAAUACAAAUAACAAUUGGACAACCUGACCAAAAACCUAUCAACGGAACAAAUAGUUGUGCUAUCGACGCUCGGUGCAGUCUUUGAAUCUCGUCCGACUAUUCAGAUUUUUCCGAGGAGUUGAGUUGGUCAUGGCUAAAGUUACGAUGAAUUUCAAUACACCUUACAUUUUGAACGGUGAAUUCUUCGAGAUAAUCGCGCAAGAAGGUGAAAGUGUAACGGUUCGUUGUCGUUACUGUGACGGCACUAGGAAUAUCUAUAAGGGGAGCAUUAAGUCUACUGGAAACUUCCACAUGCAUAUCAAGCGUAAACAUCCGGGCCUGGUUGCGAAAGUACACGAGAGCAAGGUGAAAGCCUUUCUAAGUCGCAGGUCUAUGCAGCAGCAGAAAAGAUCCUCAGGAAAGCGGCAGUAUCUAAAAGCUGAAGUGGGAAUGAUAUCCCAGCAAAUGAUCCCCGUUGAAGCAGAAAUCCAUGCAAUCGACUUAAAAACCAAUUCGAACCCCCAGUCCAACCCCAAAACUACGGACAUGGAUAUCAAAUACGAAAAUGCUGCUUCUGAUGAGAACAGGCACAUAAGAAAUCUAUUCGCUAAUGCCAUAAAUCAAGCCUUCUCUCGCAAUCAGGCUCCUGCACAUCAGUAUCCUUCAAGUUGUGCUGCCUCAAGCACCCAAUCCGAGCCGACGAAUCUCAGCCAAAAUCACUAUCAAGCGCGAAUUCAAACCGAAUCCGUUUUGCCUCGCAUCGAAAACACAUUACGAAGCAUCGAACGAGAAAUGCGAUUGAGGAAUCAAAUUGAGUCCAAUCGCUUGUUUCUGGAGUUAGCUAAGUUUAAGUAUAUUAAUCCCGACUUUCACUUUCGAUUCUAAUUUUUGAUAUAAAUAAAAGUGAAUUAAAAGUUCAA